AUGGAUAUGCGCAAGAAGAAGAGAAAGGUCCUCUUGAUGGGCAAAAGUGGAUCGGGAAAAUCGUCCAUGCGCUCAAUUAUCUUCAGCAAUUAUGUUGCGAAAGAUGUCCGACGCCUGGGUGCUACCAUUGAUGUCGAGCACAGCCAUGUCAAGUUCAUGGGGAACCUCACGCUGAACCUCUGGGAUUGCGGAGGACAGGAUGCAUUCAUGGAAACAUAUCUCGCGUCUCAGCGAGGGAACAUCUUCUCCGACGUCGCGGUCCUGAUCUACGUCUUCGACAUUGAAUCCCGCGAGGUCGAGCGCGAUCUUGACACCUACAACGCUAUCAUCAACGCCCUGAAAGAAUACAGUCCCAAUGCCUACGUAUUCUGUCUUGUGCAUAAGCUGGAUCUCAUCCAGGCCGAGCACCGCCAACGCAUUUACGAGGAACGGUCGGCCUUGAUCCGCAGUCGUUCGGAGCAUUUCAGUAUCGACACCUUUGGCAGUAGUAUCUGGGAUCAAUCGCUCUACAAAGCGUGGGCCGGCAUCGUCCACAAACUCAUUCCAAAUCUGACUGUCAUUGAGCGCUUCCUGCAAGCCUUCGCCAAGCGAAUUGAUGCCGAGGAAGUCAUUCUGUUCGAACGGUCGACCUUCCUCACCGUUACUUCCGUUUCCUCAGAAGUAGGCGACAUGAACCCCAUCUACGAUCGCCAUGAACGUCUCUCCAACAUCAUGAAAGCCUUCAAGCACUGUGCGGCCCGAAACACUCAUACAACCCCUGCAUCUGCCGGUUUCGUUGUCAUGCACACCAAGACUCCGCAGUUCAAUGUCUUCCUCGGCCGUUUCACAGACAACACAUACAUUUUUCUGGUUGUGCCGCCUGGCGAAGCAGCCUACAACUGCGCCGUUCUCAACACCAUGCUAGCUCGCGAGGGCUUCUCCAAAGCCGCCGCAACCGGUCACGGGGACGGGUUUCCCCUCCCUGCGGCUGAAUCCCCGGACAACAGCAACGGGACCCAUUGA